AUUGAAUAAAUGUUUGAAAAUGAGUACUACAUUAUUUCAAAAUGAGUGCAUGAAUAGUUUUGUUUGUGCGAGAAUGAAUAGUCUCUGUAGUGAUAUAGCUUCUCUUGUAGUGAACUUGUUAAUUUCAUUGAGGGGAGAAAAGAAGACAGAGCAGUUUUGCAGAGAUGGUAGGACCGACCCGCCCGCAGUUCGUGCUAUUCGGGUCGUCCAUAGUGGAGUUCAGCUACAGCAACGAAGGAUGGGGUGCUAUCCUCGCUGAUCUCUACGCACGCAAGGCAGAUAUAGUGAUUCGUGGAUAUAAAGGUUGGAACUCGCGACAUGCUCUUCAAGUUUUGCACGAAAUUUUCCCAAAGAAUGCAAAUGUACAACCUUCUCUGGUGAUUGUUUAUUUUGGUGGCAAUGAUUCUAUGCGACCUGGCCUAUAUGGCCCAAAUGCUCAUGUCCCACUUCCUGAAUAUGUUGAAAAUAUGAGAAAGAUUGCUACUCAUCUCAAGAGCCUCUCAAAUAAGACACGGAUAAUCUUUCUAACCUGCCCUCCCAUCAACGAGGCACAAACUCUUGAAGUUUUUGGUGACAUUGGCCGAUCAAACGAGUUGGGCAAAAUAUAUUCAGACGCUUGUGUGGAAUUGUGCAAAGAGUUUGAUGAUGUGAAGGCAAUAGAUUUAUGGACAGCAAUUCAGCAAAAGGACAAUUGGCUGACUACUUGCUUUACGGAUGGAAUCCAUUUAACGUCAGAGGGAAGCAAGAUUGUGGCAAAGGAAAUAUUGAAGGUGCUAAAGGAGGCUGAUUGGGAGCCCAGUCUGCAUUGGAAGUCAUUACCCACUGAAUUUUCUGAAGUCUUCCCAACCAUCGCUUCGGUUCUGAAUGGGACAACCGUAAACGUCUCUGACUUUGUAUUUAAGUGGCAAGCACAGUGGGAUUAGAUGGCUUAUCGUUGUUUGCCCAUUUGGUUCAGAGUUUGCUCAUUUCCGGUGCUGUAGCACGACCUUUCUAGAAGCCUGGUAAUUAUGUACUCCAAUUGCACUCCCAUUUGUAAACUCCUCAAUCAAUUUGCUGUAUUUUCGGAGGGUUUUGUAAAUUCUGUUAUUAUUUCAUAAGUGUUUGUACUUUGUAACUAGGUGUUGCACUCUCAUUUGUCCCGUUUCGUGAUUUUAAAGUCACAAGUAUUUCUUUGUGAGCCGAUAGCUUUUGGUAAUUU